CAAAACACUACACCCACCAUGGAGAAAUGCCUCGCCCCGAACCUAGACAUCAACGCCUGUCCCGGAUUGAUGCCUCCACCAGGCGUUGUCCCCUUUUCACCAAACGCACCUUCUCGCUCCAACGAAAUCGUCGUCACAGUCGCUGUUUGCUUCGCGCUGGCAGUCCCCGCGGUCGCGAUUCGCAUCUUCACAAAGGCGUAUAUCUUGAAGCAGAUGCACUCUGAAGACUAUGCGUUGAUUUUGUCUCUGGUCGGAUACACUGCACUCACUGGUCUGGCACUUAAAUGCUACGAUUACUUUGAAGGAAAACAUCAAUGGGACGUCACUGUUGCGAACGUGAUGCAUACUUUUCAGAUCAUAAACUGGGCCCAACUAAUCUACGUGUUCCCCGUCUUCCUCGCCAAAUACGCGCUCCUCCGCCAAAUCGGACGCAUCUUCCCUUCAACAUCUACCUCGCCUUCCUACAUCAACAUGGCAGCGUGGUUCUUAAUCUUCGCCAACCUCGUUCUCUACAUUGUAGUCUUCUUCGUGUUUCUGCUGGGUUGCAUCCCGCGCGAGAAGAUCUGGAAACCUUACAUCAAGGGGCGAUGCGUGGACACGGGGUCGGCGCUGCUAGCGACAUCCGUCAUCAACAUUGCGAGCGACGUCGCGAUCCUCGUGUUACCGCUGUUCGGGGUCGCGAGGUUGAAGAUGCCUUGGAGGAUGAAGCUCGGCGUUGUAGGGAUUUUCGCUACUGGGGGGUUAGCGAUUGUAGUCUGCGUCCUCCGCGUUUAUUAUACGGUUCUGUUCAAUCGCGAUCCUGACAAGACGUGGGCUCUGAUCCCGCUAAGUCUCUUCGGCAUCGCGGAAGUGGCGACGAUGAUUCUCUGCUGCUGCUUCGUUACUUUUCCGCGCUUCUUCACGUGGCUGCGUAGCGGGGGAAGGGAUCGCAGUGUCUGGACUUCGACGGGUGCGAGGAGCGGCGGCGGCGGCGGUGCUGGUGCUAGUGAGAAGAGUAAGAGUAAGAGUUGGUUUAGAAGACGGAGGAGUAGGAAUGGUGGGGAGAGUGGGGUCGAGAAUAGGAAUCUGAAUGGGGAUGAGAGGUCAGGUGGUGGAGGUGGGAGUGCGGAUGGUGAAGGGUCCGAGGGGAGUGGUAAUGGGGUCGCGAAGUUAGGGAAGUUGCCGGAGGCGGAGGAGGGGUGGCGGCACGGUGGUGGUGCGGAGACGGGUGGAAUCGAGAGGACCACGCAGAUUGAGACAGUCGAGAGGUCUGUUGUUUGA